AUGUCAAGACUGGAACAAUUGGCCAGGGAGAGAGCCCUGAAGAACAAAAACUUGGGCACUUCAUCCACAUCCUCAGAAGAUAAACCUAAAUCUCGUCUAUUCCUGUUGAGAAGUGACAAAUCUCUACCGUCCUCCUCAGACUCUGAUCCGGCUACCAAUACUUCAGCUUCCUCUCUACUAGAAUCCUUAAAAUCAAAGAGAAAUAAUAAGAGCCUGUCUGCUAUAUUACAGGAGAAAAGAGGGCAAUCUAAAAAUCAUAAUGAUGAUUCUGAAAGUAAGUCACCGCUGGGUUCUUUAAGUUCCAAACUAUUAUCCUUGAAGAGGAAACCUGAAGAAAAGACAACGGAUAGGGACCAGAGACCUUCCAAGACACAAGAAGAGGAUUCCAAGCCAUUGGAUGCCCCUAAUACUUGGGAUUUAAUAAAUAGAUUACAGUUACAGUUGCAUGAUUCGGAAAACCACAAAUCUUUCAAUGACUACACAGAGUAUCAAAUAAUGAAACUCUUAUCCAACGGUUCUUUAUCCAGGCCAAGAGCUUCCCAGAUUUUGAAGAGAAACUAUGACGACUUAUUUACCGUUUAUUAUCCAUCAAAUAAGAAAACUAAGAUAAGAGAGAAUUUUGGGGAACCUAGCCCUGACGAUAUUAUAUUGAAUGCUCAAUUACUUGCUUUUAAUGACGUUCACGAAAAAGUUUCCAAAUUAGCCUUAGAGGCAGACAAGAAGACUAAGGAGCCAAUUAAAUUGACAAAGCCAACUCCACCAAAGAAUCCAAUUGAAGUUCGAAAAUAUGUCGAUGAAUUGAAACCAUAUUUGAAUUUUGUAAUGCUAGGAAAUGAAUCUGCAGGAAAAUCCACGAUCAUAGGGAGAUUAUUGGAAGACUCCGGAUUGGUUCGGAUUGAUGAGAUAAGGUCAGUUAAGAAAGAAUUAGAAAAAUCAAAAUUGAAUGCAGAAAUGUUAUACCUUUCAAAGCUGAUGGAAAAGAAAAUGUCGAGUACCUUCAGUUUAGAUAAAAAUGUCUCCGAAUUCAGUGCAUUUGAUAUACCUGGUGACUUAAAACACUUAUCAUCUUCUAUCAAGGCAAUCCGACAAUGUACCACGGCGAUUCUUACAAUAGAUUGUAAUACCGAUGCUUUUGAAUCUGCAUUUAAUAUGGGAAGCGCGACAAUUCAACAUAUUUAUCUGUGUAAGCAGGCUAACAUCGAUAAUAUUAUAAUAAUGAUGAAUAAGAUGGAUACAAUAGAUUGGGACCAAGGGAGAUAUUUCCAGAUAAAAAACGAACUUCAAUCGUUUUUAUCGAGACUGGGAUUUAAGAAAGAACAGUUUACAUGGAUACCCUCUAGUGGAUUAUAUGGACAAGGCAUCGUUCAUUCAUCUUAUCCGAAACCCCAAAAUUGGGAAUCUUGUCCUACACUAUCCGAGAAGUUGAUUUCCUUGACUAGAUCUCACUCCGAUGAUAACAUAGCAGACUCACCAUUCUUUUUCUCUUUGACAAAGAAACCCAGGCCCGCUAAACUCGAUGUUGAAGAUAAGAGGGGUGAUGUUUACACUUUAAUGGGGGAAGUGCUUUCAGGAUCCAUACAAAUAGGUGAAUCAAUGACCAUAUAUCCUUCUAAGCAGAGCGUCACAGUUGAAAAGAUAAGUAAAGUUAACACGGAGGGUAAUACGAAAAGGAUUCUGCAGAAAUCCAUAGCUAUUGAAAUGGACCAGGUAAUUCUAACGGUUUCUAAUUUAUACAAUGAUAAAGAUAUAAGAAUAUCUGAUGUUGCAGCAUCCAUUGGUCACGAACUUCUGUCAUCAACGUCAUUCCAGACAGAUAUGUUUAUCUUCGAGACGAACAAGAAGCCAUCCAUUGGCAUUGGUAGCAGAGGUUCCCUAUAUCGUGAUGGAGCGGUGAUUCCCGUAAAGAUAAAGAACUUAACUAGUACUCAAGAGAGUGCAGAAACCAGUGAUCAAUCACAAUCAAAGAUGCCCUCGAAUUGUAACGUUAAUAUCGAAUGUGAGACCGAACGACCAGUAGUCCUUCUGGACCAUAAGAACGGAAAGAAAUGUGGUAAUUUGGUAUUAUAUCAUGAGGAAACAAUCGUUGCGACUGGUACAUUUAUAUAG